AUGGACAUUAGUGCAGACACAGUAGCUGCGGCGUUCAUCACGGGAUGGGUUUCACACUAUUGCGUUCCUUCAGAGAUCACUACAGAUCAAGGGAGGCAGUUCGAAUCAAAGUUGUUCGCUGAACUUAUGCAGUUGAUUGGUACUAAACAUCUACGUACAAGUUCGCGACAUCCACAUUCGAACGGAAUUCUGGAACGAUUUCAUAGAACACUAAAAGCUGCACUGAAGUGUAAGUCUAAUCAAAGGUGGACAGAGGAAUUACCACUGAUAUUGCUGGCUUUACAGAGUGUGUUCAAAGACGACAUCCAAGCUAGUCCAGCGGAAAUGGUAUAUGGUACAUCUCUUAAGCUUCCAGGAGAAUUCUUUGAGAAGACGUCUCACAUCGGAUGUGACUCCGAAUUCGCAAUUUUUCUUAGGGAGACCAUGGAUCAAUUAUGUCCGGUUCCAGGUUCAAAUCAUGCAAAAGCGAAAACGUUCGUUCAACGAGACCUGCAGACGUGUUCACACGUGUUCCUAAGGGAUGAUAACGUUCGACCUCCCUUGAAAUCACCUUAUGACGGACCAUACAAAGUGAUACGGCGUGAUCGUAAGCUUAUUACCAUUUUAAUCAAAGACCGACCUGUCCAAGUGAGCAUUGAUAGAGUGAAGGCGGCUUACUUGUUGAAUGAAGAAAUCGAAUCAAACACACAGUUGUCACGAUAUAUUUCACUUCAGUCAAGUCCAGAUGCACAACCUAUACGAAGACCUCAGCAGGAGCUCAACUCUGGUCAUAGCGCAUCCAGUGGCAGAGUUAUUCGAUUACCUGUCAGAUUUUUGACAUAG